GCGCGGUAGUUCCUAAAACUAACGUAACUAGCAAAGCACCUCCCUGUAGGUGUUUUGGCUUUCUUUUUUGUUCAAAUUAAACUGUUUUUGUCAUUUUUAAUUCACACCAUUGCCCAUCUGAGCCACAAAAGCUGGAGGCUUGCAUCUUGCAGAGACGUCCUUAAACAUGUCUAAUCAGCUGACUGCGGAGCAGAAGCGAAAGAUUGAGGAGAACAGACGGAAAGCUUUAAAGCGAAGAGCCCAAAGACUCGGACAAACUGUUAGCAGCAGUAAGCAGCCUUCAGUGCAACCUCAGCUUCCUACACAGAGCGUCUCCAUGGUUUCUGCUGAUCAGACCUUCAAUUCUGCUCAAGCACGGUUUGUCCCACCCAUUAAAAAAGAUUCACAGAGCUUCAGUAACCAGAUCCCCCAACCAAACCCUCAGCUGCUGUCUGGGGCAUGCAGCAGUAAGGUCACAGGCCAGUAUCAUCAGACUAGUCAGCAUGUAAAUAGCUCUGUGUUGUCUGGUGGAGGAAGUUUUGAUGUCAAAUCCGCUCAGCCCAAGUCCAACCAUGCCUCAGGAAACCCUGGAAUCUCAUUUUACAAGCAAGCCAACAAACCUGCACAAGUUCCUGCACCACAACUUCCUUCAGGUUCUGCCACCUUGACCGCUGUGCCUGCAAAAAAGCCUGCCAUCUUUGUGAGAGGGCAGUGUGUGCCUCAUGCAGAGAACCGUUUCAGGGUGGAGGUGGGCUAUCACGCAGAGCUUAUUGCUGCUUUCAGAUCCAUCCCAUCCAGGAACUUUGACCCAGCCACAAAAAAAUGGAACUUCAGUUUGGCUGACUAUGGACUGCUGAUGAAGCAGGCAGCUUCCAUUCCUUCUGUGUCUUUGAGGCCACUGGAGGGGGCGGCAGCCGUAGCAACCUCCAGCCGAUCUUGUGACGGCGCAGCUCUGUCGGCGCUCCUGAGUCUUUCUAGCAGUUGGAAGAAACCCGGUGCCACUUUGAAGGGCCGGUGCGUCCUGGUGUCCCGCACAAAAUUUGAGGUGGACAUUUCCUACAAUGUCGACGUCAUUGCAGCAUUUAAGCAAAUGCCAUCCAAAAGCUACGACCUGGCCACAAGAAAGUGGAGCUUUUCUCUUGAGGAUUAUGGGAAACUGAUGGAUCUCCUCAGUGGGAUAACAGCAGUGGAGGUGGAGCCUCUUCCCAGGGCAGUAAUCCAGGUUUUCUCUGCCAGUUUUGAUGGGAAAGAGGCCAGGUCUUUAGCUGUCCCUGAGGCAGACCUUUCGAGCAUCGACCCCAUACUCACCUCCAGCCUCAUGCCCUUCCAGAAAGAGGGAGUCAACUUUGCGGUGUCUAAACAAGGUCGCCUCCUCCUGGCUGAUGACAUGGGCCUGGGAAAGACGUUGCAGGCCAUCUGCAUAGCAGCUUAUUACAGGAACGAGUGGCCUAUAUUGGUGGUGGCUCCAUCCUCUGUCCGAUUCACUUGGGCUGAGGCCUUCAGACGCUGGCUCCCCUCCCUGAGUCCCGACAGCAUCAAUGUGGUGGUAAAGGCCAGCGACGAUAUGCGCUGUGGUUUGGUCAACAUCAUCAGCUACGACCUGCUGAGCCGGAUGAGCCAGAAGCAGCAGGCAGGAACCCUCUUUAACGUCCUCAUUAUGGACGAGUCUCACUUUCUAAAGAACAUGAAGACGGCUCGGUGUAAAGCAGCCUUGCCUCUGCUGAAGGCAGCCAAGAGGGUGAUCCUUCUGUCCGGGACUCCUGCGAUGUCCAGACCCAGUGAGCUGUACACUCAGAUUCUGGCUGUCAAACCUUCACUUUUCCCUCGCUUGCAUGAGUUCGGAGUGCGUUACUGUGAUGCCCAUCAGAACGAUUGGGGCUGGGAUUAUUCAGGCUCGUCUAAUCUCGGCGAGUUAAAGCUGCUGUUGGAGGAGUGUCUGAUGCUGCGUCGCCUCAAGUCUGACGUCCUCUCCCAGCUUCCCGCCAAACAGCGCAAGGUGGUCACGAUGACCCUGGACGGGAUCAGCAGUCGUACAAAAACUGCUCUCACAGCCGCAGCCAAGGAGUUAACCAGAUGUCAUCGAAGCAAAACGGAGGAGAAGGAGGCCCUGCUCGUCUUUUAUAACCACACAGCCGAAGCCAAAUUGCACGCCAUCAUGGACUACAUCACAGACAUGUUGGAGUGUGGGAGGCAGAAGUUCCUCGUGUUCGCGCAUCACAAGUUGGUUCUGGAUCACAUUGUUGCUGAACUGGUGAAAAAGGAUGUCGGCUUCAUCCGCAUCGACGGGUCGACUCCGUCUGCAGAGAGACAUCAGCUGUGUGAACACUUCCAGUUCUCCUCCAACGUGUGUGUGGCCGUCCUGUCCAUAACCGCAGCCAACAUGGGGCUCACCCUGCACUCCGCAGACCUGGUGGUCUUCGCUGAGCUUUCCUGGAACCCAGGGGUUCUCAUUCAGGCAGAGGACAGGGUUCAUCGUAUUGGACAGACUAGUAAUGUGGACGUUCACUACCUGGUUGCUAAAGGAACCGCUGAUGAUCACCUAUGGCCAAUGAUCCAGGCGAAGAUGAACGUCCUGGAGCAAGUGGGGUUGUCUGAGUCUAACCUCUCAGACAAGGCUGAGAACACCAGCUUCCACUCAAAGGAUCCAAAGCAGAAGAGCAUCAUGGAGAUGUUCCAGAGGUCUUUCUCUGCAGACGAUGGCCUGGAUGAGGCCGGCCUAAUGGAGGACUGGGAGGACUCCUGAAAACAAGUCCAUGCCAGAGCAGAAGACUGCAAUAAUAAAGACUAAAGAACUUUUAUUUUAGGUUUCGUCUUUGUUCUCCGGUGCAGGAUGUUGUUUUUUCUUUCAGCUUAUCAUGACAGAAAUAGUUAAAUGCCUUUUACCGUUUAUACCUGUAAUAAGUGUUUAUAUGUAGAAAAUGCAAGAGCCAAUUUAAAAGUGUUCAUCUUUGGUUAAAUGUUACAACUCAGCCCCGCGUGGGCUUCAGCCCGUCAGUAUUCGGCACUCUCUGGAGCAGAACUUUCUUUCAUUUCAAACCCAUCAUGAAAGAAUUCAGUUGUGAAAAUGUUCACAUGUAUAAAAACAUGUUUCAGUUGAUUUAAAAGUUUCUAUCUUUAGUUAUUAAAAGUUUCAACUCA